AAGCGUAGAAGCAUCAAAAACGAAAUUGCAAACAUACACUGCUCUCUGCUGCUGGUCCGCCGGUCUUUGGCCGUCCAUUAGGUUUUGGUAGUAGUCAGUCGUUUAUUGACGUUCGACGGUAACAGAUGUGUUCCGAUGUGUCUCCCGACAAGUGUUAGGGUGCCGCCACCAGCAGUGCAAUACACCGUUACCCUAUGAAGACAUAGACAACGACAGUUUGAAAUUUUUGUGUGUUGUUCAAAAAAUUACUCCGAUCUACUGAACUGAAUUUGUGUGUGGCGCGAGAUUAGCGGGUGAACUCUCCCUAGCCAACCAAUUUACACAAGAGCGUAGCCGUGGUGUACGUUUUCAAUCCAACAGCGAUCCAGUGAAGUGAUGGUGUUGAUAAGUGAACUGAUAGUAGCCGCCCUGCUGGGGCUUUUGAUCUAUCGUUUCUACCGAUAUCUGUUCGAACGGCCUUCGAGCAAUUUUCCGCCUGGUCCACCGAGGCUUCCCUUUCUGGGAGGGUAUCCGUUUCUGUUGGCCCUGAACUUCCAUCAUCUGCACAAAGCCGCGGCCAGACUGUCGGAGCUGUACAAAAGCAAACUAAUUGGUCUUUACCUGGGACCGCUGCCGGCGGUCAUUGUGAACGAUUACGACACAAUCAAGGAGGUCCUGACCCGGUCUGAUUUCGAUGGACGCCCGGAUUUGUUUAUGGCUAGAUUGCGGGACGAGCACUACCAGCGGAGAGGAAUCUUCUUCACGGACAGCGAAAGCUGGCGCGAGCAGCGGCGAUUCUUCCUGAAAACGCUGCAUCACUUUGGCUUCGGACGGCGAAGUCCCGAGGCGGAAGCGGACAUCCAAACAGGCCUGGAAGACGUGAUCAGUCUUCUGCGCGAUGGACCCAAGUACGAGCACGAGAAGGCCCUGGUGGACGAAGCAGGUUACGCUCUCUGCCCGACCGUAUUCUUCGCAUUGUUUUCGAACGUUCUGUUGAGGAUGAUCGCCGGAGUCCGGCUAGGCCGGGAGGAUCAAGCUAUAUUGUUUGAAGUCGGUAAGAACUCAAUCGCUUUCCAUCGGAACGGAGACGACUACGGAAUGGUGCUGAGUUACAUCCCCUGGAUCCGUCACUUGUUCCCGGAAGCAUCCAAGUACGAAGUGCUGCGAAAGGCCAACCAGCAGGCUAAUGCAGUUAUUCUUAGUCUGGCACAAAAAUGUGAGAAAUCAUACGAUGAAAACGAUAUACGAUGCCUGGUAGAUGCGUAUAUAAAGGAGAUGAGAGCUUCUGGUAGCAAUGGAGCAUCCACCGGAAAGGACGAAUUCGGGUUUCAAUAUGAUCAAUUGGUGAUCGGUUGUGCCGAUUUCCUCGUGCCACCCUUUUCGGCCAUCCCAGCAAAAAUGUGUCUGAUUCUGGAACGUAUCAUUCAGUUCCCGGAGGUUCAAACUAAAAUGUACCUCGAGUUGAACGAAGUUGUCGGUACUAACCGUCUCCCAACGCUGGAUGAUCGAGCGGAGCUACCGUACUGCGAGGCAGUUAUCAGAGAGGGCCUCCGCAUCGACACUCUGGUUCCGUCGGGCAUCCCUCACGUAGCCGUCAACGAUACGCAGCUGCACGGUUAUCAAAUUCCCAAAGGGACAGUCAUUGUCAACUCGCUUGAUUUUGCCCACCAUCAGGCGGAGCUAUUCCGCGAUCCGGACUUAUUCAUGCCGGAGCGAUACUUGAACCAGGAAGGCAAGUUAGCACUGAACCAGGACACCACACUUCCAUUCGGUGCGGGAAAACGUGUCUGCCCCGGUGAGCAGUUCGCUCGGAAUGCACUCUUCCUGGCGGUGACCUCGUUGGUGCAGAACUUCACCUUCAAGCUGCCCGGUAACCGUACCAGCCCGGACCUGGAUGCCCGUCUCACCGGAGUUAUACAAACCACCCCCGACUUUCGGCUUAAGUUUAUCAGUCGCCGCUAGACGGUGGAUAUAUUCUGAACUGUUUUCUUGUAACUAACCCACGUCAAAGCACAAGUUCAGCACAUCAACCAACGCAGUUAUCGUAGAAGUAGUCACAUUACCACACAUCAUUUCGUGUAAUAUUAGAAUGUAACAAUUGAUAUUUUACUGGAACCAAAUAAAGAUGAUAUUUAAAUGGCCAUAUAAAA